AUGUCCGGUUCAACGAUAUUGAGAACAUCUGCGGUUGUCCCUGGGAAGACUCGGAGAACCUACGUCUCAUCAAAAUCCGCUCAAGUCGUCGUAGCUAAGAGGGCGGAGACUCUUGCGCCACAUCCACGUUGCUCUUAUCCUUGUGGACACUGCCGUGCGUUGCCGACCUCACUAGGUAUCAGUUCAAAGGAUAUAGAAGACGUGAGGUCAACGAAGACGUCGGAAGUUAUAUCGUCGGACGUCAACCUUCGGUUCGGGAGUGCGAACUGGCAUCGAAAUGGAAGGUCCUUGGUAGAAGAAAAAUACCCCCACAAAAAUCUGCUCAACUCAGCAUCGAUCCCAGUUGUUGUAUCGUUCGCUUCUGCGUUCAGUGAUUUGAGAGGUAACCACGUGUUUCUGUGCGCGUUUCUUAGCUGGCUGGUGGCACAAGUUGCAAAGAUAUUCACUGCAUACUAUCGCGAAGGCCGCUGGGAUUACAGGGUCAUGUUUGAUAGCGGUGGCAUGCCCAGCUCUCACACGUCGCUUGUAGUUGGAUUGACAACUUCUAUCGUGCAUCAGCACGGCCUGGGGAGUGUGUAUUUCCCACUAGCGCUCGCAUUUAGCUUGAUCGUGAUGUAUGAUGCGGCGGGCGUGCGGCGGCAUGCCGGUAAACAAGCUGAAGUGCUGAACAAAAUUCUGGCGGACACUUUUCAUGGUACUCCCCUCAGCAACACCAAGCUCAAAGAGGUGUUGGGUCACAGCCCUUUGCAGGUUGUGUGUGGCGCUAUCCUUGGUGUAUUUGUGAGUUCAUUCUAUAUGCUCAAAUUUGGCUUUUGA